AUGAUUGCGAUAUUGCUUUUGAUUCUCAUGAUGCUCCAUGGAUUUGAAGCUAAUAUUCAAAGUAUUAGCUGAAAAGUUUGAAAUUUUAGACAGGUUGUGUUUUGGGGAAUGAAAAUGCCUACCAGGCAACAGUUUCCACGCUGUCCCAAUUAAGAAGAUAUCAUGAAGAAAAAUUCAACGUGCCCUGCUUCUUAGAACUUUCCCCAUAAACAAAAUCCAACUACAACAUGCCCAACCAAGUCGAUUGAUCAUUCAACUUCCUUCAGAUCUUGAUCUUUCCACUUCAACCCAAAAUGGGUUUCCUCUGUGUCACAUGGGUUUUCAUGAUCUUGUUAUUCUCAAGCUGUUCUUGGACUAUGGCGCAGCAACCUUACGUGGGAAAGACCACAACAGAUUGUGGAAAUUACAUGGAUAAUUCAACUUCUUCUCUUGGCUACUUCUAUAAUGGUCUGAACCAAAGUUGCCAAGCCUACCUCACCUUCAGAUCUCAACCCCCCUACAACACUGUUCCUGCCAUCUCUGCUUUCUUGGCCUCCGACGCGUACCAGCUCUCUCAAAUUAAUUCAGUUAACGACACUGCAACAUUUGAAACCAACAGGUUGGUGCUUGUUCCAGUCAACUGCUCCCGUUCAGGUGAGUACUAUCAAACAAACACAACUUACGUUGUCCAGACUGAUGACACUUAUUUUAAGAUUGCUAAUGACACCUUUCAAGCCCUUUCAACCUGUCAAGCUCUCCAGAAACAAAAUAUAUACCCCGCUACCAGUUUAGCUGCUGGUGUUGGAAUCACUGUUCCUCUUAGAUGUGCUUGUCCUACAAAGAACCAAACUGAUUUGGAUGUCAAUUAUUUAUUGAGUUACAUUGUCAGUGAAGGUGAAUCUGUUUCAAGCAUUAGUGACAGAUUUGGUGCAAGUACUGAGAAGACUUUGGAGGCUAAUCAGCUUUCUCAAGAAACUAUUAUUAAUUUCUUCACCACGCUUCUAGUUCCACUUCAAGUCCCGCCAUCAAGUUCUCAAACCAUAGCUCCACCCCCGCCACCACCAGCAUCGCCGCCGCCACCUCCUCCUACUUCUUCCUCUGAUAAAAGCUCAAGUAAAACAUGGGUUUAUGUCCUUGUUGGGGUUCUUGGAGGAAUUGCUCUUGUAUUGGCCUCUGGAGCCAUUUUAUUCUACGCAUUCUUCCGUAGAAGUAAGAAGAAAUCUGAUUCCAGUACCGUCUCUGAUCACUUUGAGCCACGUGAGAAACCACCAGACAAAAAGGUUGAGGAAGAAGCGAAGGACUUCUUACAGAGCAUAUCUAGCAUUUGUCUGUCCCUUAAAGUGUAUAGUUUUAGGGAACUCCAACAUGCAACAGAUGGUUUCAACCCCAGUAGUUUGAUUAAAGGAUCUGUUUAUCGUGGCACAAUCAAUGGGGAUUUGGCGGCCAUUAAGAAAAUGAAUGGCGAUGUGUCGAAAGAGAUCAAUUUGUUGAACACGAUCAACCAUUCUAAUAUCAUAUGCCUCUCUGGCGUCUGCUUCAAUGAUGGUCAUUGGUAUCUUGUUUACGAAUAUGCUGCCAAUGGACCCUUGAGUGAUUGGAUCUUUAACAGCAAUAGCGAUGGAAGACUUUUGAGCUGGACACAGAGAGUACAGAUUCUAUUGGAUGUGGCCGCCGGGCUCAACUAUCUCCAUGGCUUCACUGCUCCUCCUCACGUCCACAAGGAUAUAAAGAGCAGCAACAUUCUUCUGGAAAGUGAUUUCAGGGCCAAGAUUGCAAAUUUUGGUCUGGCAAGAUCAGCAGAAGGGCAGGAAGGUGAAUUUGCCUUGACGAAGCACAUCAUUGGAACUAGAGGUUACAUGGCUCCUGAGUAUUUGGAAAAUGGUUUUGUCUCCACAAAGCUUGAUGUCUACGCAUUUGGAGUCCUCAUGCUGGAGACAGUGACUGGGAAAGAGGUUGCUUUGUAUGAAGAGGAAAAUAUGCAGUUAUCAGAUGCCCUAAAUGCUGUGCUUGGUGAGGAUGAUGGACAGGAGAGUUUGAGGCAUUUCAUAGAUCCUUCCCUGCAACGGAAUUAUCCUUUGGAACUUGCUCUUUUUAUGGUCAGGCUGAUUGAUAGUUGCUUGACCAAAAAUCCAACUGGUCGACCUGAUAUGGAUGAGAUUACGCAGUCUCUCUCGAGAAUCUUGAACACCUCACUGACCUGGGAAUCUUCAAAGAAUAUAUCUAUGUAACAAAGUUUCUUUUUUUUUUUUUUUUGACAUGAUAUGUAACAAAGUUUCAGUGGAAACUCUAUGUCAUAAUAAAUGAAA